AUGUCGGUAGCUGUAAAUAUUCAAUACUGUGGUGGCUGAGGCUACAAGAAGUUCUCGGUCGCCCUCGCGGAGACGAUCGAGAAGGAAUUCACGGGCCAGGUGACGGUGACGCAGGUCGGCGACCCGGGCACGACGGGCAACUUCGAAGUCACCGUCGCCGGCAAGCUCGUCCACUCGAAGACGACGAUGGGCCACGACAAGUGCCAGAGCGGCGAGUCGACGCAGAAGGUCAUCGACGCCAUCCAGGAGGCCGUCGACGCCUAG